AUGGACGACGUGCUGGCGGCCAACUGGAGCGCCGAGGCGGCCAACGCGAGCGCCGCGCCCCCGGGGCCCGCGGGGAACCGCACGGCCGCGCCGCCGCGGCGCAACGAGGCGCUGGCGCGCGUGGAGGUGGCCGUGCUGGGCCUCAUCCUCGUGCUGGCGCUGAGCGGCAACGCGUGCGUGCUGCUGGCGCUGCGCACCACGCGCCGCAAGCACUCGCGCCUCUUCUUCUUCAUGAAGCACCUGAGCAUCGCCGACCUGGUGGUGGCCGUGUUCCAGGUGCUGCCGCAGCUGCUCUGGGACAUCACCUUCCGCUUCUACGGGCCCGACCUGCUGUGCCGCCUGGUCAAGUACCUGCAGGUGGUGGGCAUGUUCGCCUCCACCUACCUGCUGCUGCUCAUGUCGCUGGACCGCUGCCUGGCCAUCUGCCAGCCCCUGCGCGCGCUGCGCCGCCGCUCCGACCGCCUGGCCGUGCUGGCCACGUGGCUGGGCUGCCUGGUGGCCAGCGCGCCGCAGGUGCACAUCUUCUCGCUGCGCGAGGUGGCCGACGGGGUCUUCGACUGCUGGGCCGUGUUCAUCCAGCCCUGGGGCCCCAAGGCCUACAUCACGUGGAUCACGCUGGCCGUCUACAUCGUGCCGGUCAUCGUGCUGGCCGCCUGCUACGGCCUCAUCAGCUUCAAGAUCUGGCAGAACCUGCGGCUCAAGACCGCGGCGGCGGCCGCGGCCGAGGGCGCCGAGGACGGCGGGGGGCGCGCGGCCCUGGCGCGGGUCAGCAGCGUCAGGCUCAUCUCCAAGGCCAAGAUCCGCACGGUCAAGAUGACCUUCAUCAUCGUGCUGGCCUUCAUCGUCUGCUGGACGCCCUUCUUCUUCGUGCAGAUGUGGAGCGUCUGGGACGCGGAUGCGCCCAAGGAAGCCUCGGCCUUCAUCAUCGCCAUGCUCCUGGCCAGCCUCAACAGUUGCUGCAACCCCUGGAUCUACCUGCUCUUCACCGGCCACCUCUUCCAGGACCUCGUGCGGCGCUUCCUGUGCUGCUCGGCCCGGCAACUGCGGGGCGGCAGCCGGCCCGGUGACACCAGCGUCAGCAAGAAGAGCAGCUCGUCCACCUUCGUGCUCAGCCGCCACAGCUCCAGCCGCACGGGCGCCCCGCAGCCGCCCUCCGCAUGA